AUGAAUGUGGAUGACCCGUACUCCCCCACACAAGCCUUCUGGUCGGAUGCCGCACGAUCACAAUUUCUUGCGGAUUCUGCGGCCAGUAUGCAUCCGGUGGACAUGCAACGCCGGCGCGUGAGCAUGUUGUCUCCAGCACCAAGUCAAGCACUAGAUUCUGGAGAAUACCACGGAUCGGAUGAUAAUAAACAUACACCAGCAUUUAAUGGACCUGUCCCAACAGAGGAUUCACAUGGCAUAGGCCAGAACGAUACUGCCUUUGAUCCAAAUCAAAGUCUCCAACGAUCCAGUGUGACAACUGGUUCACAGGCCCAAGGAUUGUCCGGAAUUGCGGCGAUUGCUGCCGCAGCUGCAAGCCAACAGGGGAGACCAUUGAACUUGGCCGCACUUACCUUGUCUGCACAAGCUGCGGCCACAAAGAAACGUCCCGGAGCUAGAGCUCAAUCUUCAAAUGCGAGGCCUGAGCGCACACUGUUUUGCUUGACACUUCGCAAUCCUCUGAGGAAACUGUGUAUCGGAAUCGUUGAGUGGAAGUAUCCUUUUUAA